UAUUGUAAAAGGAAUUAUUAAAAGCAAAACAAUCACAACAAUGUCUUAUAAAAAGCACCAGAAAGAUGUGGAAAAGCAAUUGAUAGAUAUAGUCAAUAGUAGAGGAAAUGACAACAAAUGUGGAGAAUGUGGUACUCCUUUCCCUACAUGGGCUUCUUACAACCUUGGGAUAUUCUUAUGUGGACGUUGUGCCUCUAUACAUAAAAGAGUUUUAGGACCUCCUCACUACGAUAUCUCUAGAGUCAAAUCAUUGACUUUGGAUACAUGGUCUGAUCAACAAAUUGCCAAUUUGAGAAAAGUGGGAAAUAAACGUGCAAAACGGAAAUGGAAUUCCAAAAAUGUACCAUUCCCCUACGAUGGUGAUGAUGACAUUGCAGCAGUUGAACAAUAUAUUAGGGAUAAAUAUAUAAAUGGCAAGUUCCGUGAUGAUAAUAUCGACCCUUCGGAUUUCGAAGAUCGCGAAAGCAGAUACAGUGACGAUCAAGUCCUGAGAAGACUGCGCUCGAAUAGUGCUGUGAGCCGUGCUCCUAUCCCCAGACUUAGUCACAGAAAGUUGACUACUUUUGAAAAUGGCCAAUAUCCAGUACAAGUUUCUAAGAUUAUGAGUUUCGGAUACAAUGAUCGUGAAACAGUGUUGGAAAGUUUGUUAUUAUCUAAUGGGAACAUCGAACUGGCACUCGAUAUUUUAGAGCAAGAUGCAAAAAUCAACCCAAAUAAAACCGAGAUCCCUCCUAGUUUGCCAAGAAGACCUCCUUCGUCAUCUAUCACCCUGGCAUCCACAACUCCCGCAGCUACUGGUGCUAGUAGUUUGCCACCACAAACACAACCAAGCUCAGAUGAGUGGUGGAAUACAAGCAAUAGUGCACCAGCUGUUCCAGGAGCUACACCUCAAAAUGCCACACCACAAAUAUAUCAAUACACAGAUCCUAUAACCGGUCAAAUUUCAUAUAUAGAUUCCAAUGGCCAAGAGUAUUUGGAUCCAAACAAUCCUCAGCAUCAACAGCAAUUAAUGCAAUUAGCUAAUCCCCAGUUAAUGGCUCAGCAAACAAACAAGCAAAAUAUAUUAUCUUUAUACAAUCAACCAAAUCAGUUCACGACUAAUGUUGCUGUGCCUGUAUCAGCCCAACAGCAACAACAGCAACAACAAGUCCACGGCCAACCUCAAAACCCAGCGUUUAACGCACAACCUAGUGGAUUUGCUCCCCAAGUUCAAUCUCAAUAUGGCCAACAACAGAUUAAUGCAUUUGCUCAACAACCACAGCAACCUCAGCAGUACCAACAACAACCACAAUUUACUGGAUUUCAGUAUGGGCAACCUGGCCAAUCACAACAAGGCUAUUGGAACCAAUAGGUUGCAAACAGCUGAAAACGCUUGUGAGUUUUAGACGAUUGUUUUUGUUCGGCUCCCAUCUGUUGUUCCAUUGACAACGUUUGUAGAAUGUGAUAUUUGCUUAUGUGUCAAAUAAAAUAAUAAGAAUUUUUUUUAUAAUUUAUACGAAAUAUUACGAUUGACAUAUAUAGGGAACGGAUUCAGCAGUAUUUACUGAUUAUAUCAUUCCAUUUCAUGUAAUUGCGUUUAGCCUUAAAAUGUCUUCGCAGAAGACUGCUGUU